AUGAGAAUAGACGUGCGAACAGAACCGGAAGAUCUCAGGUUUUCCGCAGAAGAGACGGUCGCAGUCCGGAAUGCUUUUAAUCGCGAGUAUAAAGACCGAGGAUUGACCAAGGCUUUCCUAAAGCAUGCAGCACAUUGCUUACGAGAUUGGGACCGUGAAAAUUACUACUCUGCGUACUUUGCCCUCGUGCAAGCCUCAACGUCUGGAAAGUCGUCCCUUCUACUUCGAUCAGGAAACUAUGUGUAUGUAGUGUAUUGUUCCCUGCGACACCCAGAAUCAGGGGGCUAUCCUGAACGAUCAACUAUCGCAAAAGAUCUAGAGGACGUUGGUGAAGGACAAUCACUAGGACAAUCACUGGCCAAGUAUGUUGCCUAUCUGUAUGCUUGUAUUGAACAUUUAACCAAGUGUGAUGUGUCGCCAGAUGCAUUUUUAAAGCAGCAAGAUUGCCAGUUCUGGCUCGGGAUUAAGAAUCGGAUGGCAGAACUACAGAAGGAGUGGAAUCAUAUUGCAUCAAAGGAUAUGGCAGGACGUGAAACAGAAUUUGUAUCAAAAUUAAAGAUUUUAUGGGAACUGUUUCUGCAGCAGAAUACCAAGAAAUUUGGUUUUGAUCAAGAACUCUCACCAUAUAUCAUAUUUGCUUUUGAUGAAGCCAGAAUGCUAACCAAACAAUCACAAGGGAAGGAAAUGGGCAUUUACAUUCCUGUGCCAAGCAUGUCGCUGUCUGCCCACAGCAACUGA